AUGGCUUCUGAACAGCCUCUGCCCACUCGGCAGCGUCGCCCUUCUACGUCCGCUCCCAUCGUCGAUAUUCAGGGAAGCGUUAGUCCUGCUGGCAUUUCUCGCCCCAAGCAUAAGAGAACCUUAACUGGUUUUGGUGCUGGUGAAAUCAAGAAUGUUGAAGCUUCCAUCCCCGAGCCCCAACGCGAGGCUUGGCGCAAGCACCAGGUCAAGAACUUUGAGGACCAGGACGGUUUUGAGCGCGAAGUUGUCCGCCAUGUAGAGACAACUCUUGCUCGCAGCUUGUUCAACUGCGACGAGAAGGCUGCCUACGCCGCCACCAGCUUGGCGUUCCGCGAUCGCCUCAUCAACGACUGGAACAAGACUCAGCAGCAACAAACCUACCGCGACAACAAGCGAGUCUACUACCUUAGUCUCGAAUUCCUCAUGGGCCGAGCUCUGGAUAACGCUAUGCUCAACGUUGGCCUCAAGGACACUGCCAAGGCUGGUCUGGCCGAUCUUGGUUUCAGAAUCGAAGAUAUUAUCACCCAAGAGAACGACGCUGCUCUUGGUAACGGUGGUCUUGGCCGUCUCGCCGCAUGCUUUUUGGACAGUUUGGCGUCGCUAAACUACCCUGCCUGGGGUUACGGUCUGCGAUACCGAUACGGUAUUUUCAAGCAGGAGAUCAUUGAUGGAUACCAAGUCGAAGUCCCUGACUAUUGGUUGGACUUUAACCCUUGGGAGUUCCCUCGCCAUGAUGUCACUGUCAACAUUCAAUUCUUUGGCAAUGUUCGCAAGACCACCAACGACGCUGGCAAGACUGUUGCCGUGUGGGAAGGAGGUGAAAUCGUCCAGGCUGUUGCCUAUGAUGUUCCCAUCCCCGGUUACGAUACCCCUACGACCAACAACCUCCGCUUGUGGUCCAGCAAGGCCUCUGGCGGCGAAUUCGAUUUCCAAAAGUUCAACAAUGGUGACUACGAAAGCUCGGUUGCUGACCAGCAGCGUGCUGAGACCAUCAGUGCCGUUUUGUACCCCAACGACAACUUGGAGCGUGGAAAGGAACUCCGUCUCAAGCAGCAGUACUUCUGGGUAGCUGCUUCUCUUCACGACAUUGUUCGUCGUUUCAAGAAGUCCAAGAGACCCUGGAGCGAGUUCCCUGACCAAGUCGCUAUCCAGCUGAACGACACCCACCCCACUCUUGCUGUUGUUGAGUUGCAGCGCAUUCUCAUUGACAUCGAAGGCCUUGAAUGGGAUGUGGCCUGGCAGAUUGUUACUAGCACAUUCAGCUACACAAACCACACCGUCUUGCCCGAGGCCUUGGAGAAGUGGCCUGUUGGCCUUAUCCAGCACUUGCUGCCCAGACACCUCCAGAUAAUCUUUGAUAUCAACCUGUACUUCUUGCAGCUGGUUGAGAAGUCAUUCCCCGACGACCGUGACAUGCUUAGACGGGUGUCCAUCAUUGAGGAAUCGCAGCCCAAGAUGGUCCGUAUGGCUUACCUUGCCAUUGUUGGAUCUCACAAGGUCAACGGUGUCGCCGAGCUGCACUCUGAUCUCAUCAAAACAACCAUCUUCAAGGACUUUGUCCAGAUUUACGGCCCUGACAAGUUUACCAACGUGACAAACGGCAUCACGCCCAGACGCUGGCUCCACCAAGCCAACCCACGCUUGUCGGAGCUCAUUGCCGCCAAGUGCGGUGGAAAGGCUUUCUUGACCGACCUUACCAACCUCGCCAAGCUCGAGCAGUUUGCAGAGGACAAGGAAUUCCGCAAGGAGUGGGCAGAGAUCAAGUACGCCAACAAGGUCCGACUUGCUAAGCACAUUAAGACUACCACUGGCGUCACGGUCAACCCAUCGGCGCUCUUCGAUAUCCAGGUCAAGCGAAUCCACGAGUACAAGCGCCAGCAGCUCAACAUCUUUGGUGUUAUCCACCGCUACCUAGCUCUCAAGGCUAUGCCUCUGGAGGAGAAAAAGAAGCAGCUUCCCCGUGUAUCUAUCUUUGGAGGCAAGGCUGCCCCUGGUUACUGGAUGGCUAAGCAGAUUAUCCACUUGAUCAACUCUGUUGGCUCUGUGAUCAACAACGAUGCGGACAUUGGUGAUCUUCUUAAGGUUAUUUUCCUGGAGGACUACAACGUCAGCAAGGCCGAAAUCAUCUGCCCUGCGUCCGAUAUUAGCGAGCACAUCUCAACUGCCGGCACUGAGGCAUCGGGUACUAGCAACAUGAAGUUUGUUCUGAAUGGUGGCCUAAUCAUUGGUACUUGCGACGGAGCCAACAUUGAAAUCACUCGCGAAGUCGGAGAAGACAACAUUUUCCUGUUUGGCAACUUGUCUGAGGAUGUGGAGGACUUGCGCCACGCGCAUACAUACGGCUCGCACACAAUUGAUAGCGACUUGGAGCAGGUCUUUAAGGAGAUUGAAGGUGGCCGAUUUGGUACUCCGCACGACUUUGGUGCCAUGAUUGCCGCCGUUCGCGAGCACGGCGACUACUACCUUGUUUCGGAUGACUUCCACAGCUACAUCGAGACGCAACACUUGGUUGACGAGGCAUACCGCAACCAGGACGAGUGGGUUACACGCUGCAUCAAGGCGGUCUCACGCAUGGGAUUCUUCAGCAGUGAUCGUUGCAUGCACGAAUACGCCGAGUCUAUCUGGAAUGUUGAGCCUCUGGCUCCUGCUCCCUCUGAAUAG